AUGGGCCAUUGGAUUUCUGAUUCAGCGGAACUCUUGACCACAAACAAGUUGUCGGAGUUGGCCUGCUUGGCACUGUACCUGAUGUAUGAAAAGAAGCAAGGAAAGAAGUCUUUCUGGUACCCAUAUAUCAGAGAGCUUGAUCGUCAGCGAGGGAGGGGACAGUUAGCUGUAGAAUCGCCUCUUCUAUGGUCUGAAAAUGAGCUGAAUUAUCUGACAGGCAGCCCUACUAAGGCUGAAGUUUUUGAGAGGGCUGAAGGGAUCAGGAGGGAGUAUACUGAGCUUGACACUGUCUGGUUUAUGGCUGGGUCCCUCUUUCAG